UCUUCCUCAAAUCACUGGCUCCAACUAGAGGAUGAAUCCAACUCGCAUCGACUCUCUCUUGUCAAUCUCAAACCCUAAUAUGUUUCAAGAUUUCCAAUACCGUCACAUCCCCGCACUCUUCACAGCCGGGGCGUAACGCUGGGGGACCAUCUGGCCUCUCAUCGGCGGCACCCGCAGCGUCCUUUUGCACUAUAGCUUGCCGGCUCGGAUUGCCAAUGUCCCAGAGACUUGGCCCGUCUGGCACAUCGGCAACGCCCGGACGGCGUGUCUCGGUAUUCUCAUGUUUAUCUUGUACUCCCGGCGCCAGUACUCUGUGCUUGACACUUUCCUGGUUGUUAUAGGUGGCUAUCUUGGGCCCGUCGACUGCAUUCUGCUUUGGAAUGAGGGUCUCAAGUCCACAGGCCUCUUUCGUCUUUUUGGCUCGCUCGUUUUCGCCGCCAUGGGGCUUGCUGGAUUGACUGAAGGCUCAUUUUGAGCACCUUACUAGGUACGCCACUAGCCUAGAUAGGCUGUCGGUCAAGGCGGGCAUACAUCGCAAAGAUGACAUGGCCUAAGUUGCUGGACAUGUUGAUGGAAGUAGC